CUUUCGAUAAUGGCACGCACCUUUUCGUGGUCUUCACCACGCUGUCAAAAUGGCGAAAAAGAAGUUGGAAGAAAAAAGUGGCCCCACGGGUGAUCAAUCGAAAAAUGACGGCGAUUUCUCCUCCGCGGAUGAUGAGCCCAACUUCAGCGACCCCGACGAUUUUGUCGAUAACAUUUCCGAUGAGGAUUUAUUGGGAGAUCUUUUAAAAGAAAAACCAAAAGAAACAGAUGGUGUAGAAAGCGUGAUCGUCGUGGACGGAGUCCCGCAAGUAGGUCCGGAUCGCAUCGAAAAAUUAAAAUCGGUCAUCGCAAAGAUUUUUGGAAAAUUUGGGAACAUAAUUAACGAUCAUUACCCUUUGGACGAAGCCGGAAGGACGAAAGGUUACAUUUUUUUGGAGUACGCCAACCCGAUUCAUGCAGCGGAAGCGGUUAAAGUCACCAAUAAUUACAAAUUGGAUCGACAGCACAUCUUUUUGGUCAACUUAUUUGUCGAUUUCUCCAAGUACGAGUCAAUACCAGAAAAAUGGGAACCUCCUCUACCUCAGCCGUAUAUGGGACAAACCGAUCUUCAUUAUUACCUUUUAGAACCGGACGCAUACGAUCAAUUUUGCGUGGUUAAAGCUGGACCCGCUAUGGCACAAUCGGUCCAAAUUUGGCAAAAUACUCAGCCGGAUCCGACUUUGCUUGAAGAUCGAAGCCAAUGGACCCACACCUACGUGAAAUGGUCCCCAUUAGGAACAUUUUUAGCGACGUUCCACCGCCUCGGGAUCGGAUUAUUUGGUGGCCCCAAUUUCACACAGUACAAAAAAUUUUCGCACGGUUCCGUACAAUUCAUCGAUUUCUCCCCGUGCGAGAAAUACUUAGUUACUUAUUCUCCUCAAAUCGAUAAUAACCACCCCGACCAAAAACGGAUUAUAAUUUGGGACAUCCGAACGGGACAAGAAAAGCGAUCAUUUAACCCCGAUGGAGGCUCAGCUUGGCCGAUCUUCCGAUGGUCCCACGACGACAAAUAUUUCGCCAAAAUGGGAACUGAUUUAUUAUCGAUUUAUGAAACCCCCUCGUUUGGGUUGUUAGAAAAGAAAUCGUUAAAAAUCCCUGGGAUUCGCGAUUUUAGCUGGUCCCCGACGGAUAAUACGAUUGCUUUUUGGGUGGCUGAGGACAAAGAUGUCCCCGCUAGAGUAACCCUUUUAGAUAUUCCAAAUAAAACUGAGAGUCGUAAUAAGAAUCUGUUUAACGUUGCCGAUUGUAAGAUUCAUUGGCAAAAAUCGGGGGAUUAUCUUUGCGUUAAAGUGGAUCGAUACUCGAAAGUUCGGAAAGAAAAAACCGAAACUAAAUACGCGACGGAAACGAAAUAUUCAGGGAUGUAUUGCAAUUUCGAAAUAUUUCACAUGCGUGAAAAACAAAUCCCCGUUGACUCCGUUGAUUGUAAAGAACCAAUCCAAGCUUUCGCUUGGGAACCCGUCGGGACAAAAUUUGCGUUCAUCCACGGCGAAUCCCCCAACAUCAACGUUAGCUUUUACUCUGUAAAAAUCGGGCAAGCUCCUUCGUUACUUAAAAAGUUCGAAAAACGCGCUUGUAGCCACCUUUUUUGGUCCCCAAAUGGCCAAUACAUCGUUUUAGCUGGAUUAGGGCUAAGCGGGGGUGGUUCUUUGGAGUUCGUCGAUACCAACGAAUUUUUAGUGAUGAACACAACCGAUCAUUUCCAAAUGUCCGAUGUGGAGUGGGACCCAACCGGGCGUUACAUCGUUACGGGGGUUUCAGCUUGGAAGUGUUCGGUGGACACGGGUUAUUGGAUUUGGUCGUUCCAAGGUAAAAUUUUGAAACGGAUUAAUUUGGAGAAAUUCGCCCAGUUAUUGUGGAGACCGCGCCCCGCAACGUUACUUAAUGAAGAGCAACAAAAAGAAAUUAAAAAGAAUUUGAAGAAAUAUUACGCUCAAUUUGAAAGUAAGGAUCGUAUGCGGCAAUCAAAAGCUUCUAAGGAAUUGAUCGAGAAGAGGGCUGCUUUGAUGGAGAAGUUUAGUAGUUAUCGACAAGAAAGGAUUAGGGAUUAUAAUAAACAAAAACCGAGGAGGUUGGAACUUAGAAAUAAUGUAGACACUGACGAAUUAGAUGCCGAUAAAGAAAAUGUCGAUGAGGAAAUCGUUGAAUUCUUUGUAAAGGAAGAAAUCAUCGUAAUAGACUAAUAAGUCAAUUUUAAGUUAAUCAUUUCGUUCCCACUUUUUAAUAUUUGUUGGUUUAUUUUUUAAAGAAAAGGUACAUUUGUAAAACUUACGGUUGUCUUAAUUUUUUUUGAUUAAAUGUUAAGGCGACCGCUACUGUAUUAUAUUUAUCCAAGGAAAACAA